AUGCCCGAUGAUAUAUUUGAAGACACAUAUUUAGGAGACUAUUCGGAUUAUUUGCCAUUCCUCAAAUGGAUGGAGAAAAAGUUUGAUUGUUCAGGACUUUGCACAGCUGCGAAUUUGUACUUGUUUAGUGAUAUCAAUAGAGGUGUGCCAGAUGGUAGCUGUAGGCAGGAAAUUUAUGACUGAAUACAGGAUAAUUUUUUGACGUAUGGAAUAAUAGCGCUAGCAUUUGGGCUGUUUCAGGUAUAG